AUGGAGCGAAAACGCGAACAUGGCGACAUUGCCGAUACCGAUACCUAUGCAGGUGCCGGUGCCGGCGCCGAUCAAAUGGCAUACACACACACUAGCGCACGCGAAGAUACCAAUGGCAUGAAUAAACGUCUGCAUCUGGACCAUGACGAGACGGAAGACCCGGAAUCGGCGGAUCCCAAUUACCGGCUGCUGGAGCGGUAUCGGAAAGAUGCUAUGUACCGACGUAUGCGCGAGGCAAAACGUGAUGCCGCGCGUGCCCGCGAGCAGGAAGCAAGUUUGCAUGAAGCGCUUGCGCGGACGCGCCAUAGUGUGCUUCUCGUGAACCAGUUUUGGGAUGCACUGGAUGCGCUCAUACGUCCGACGCAACGUGCACAGCUUUCCGACGGGAAAGAUUUAGCUCCAAUAUCUUUGACACAUACAACAGAGGAGCAAGCGGCUGCUCUCGCGGAGCGCCGCUCCAUGCUCGAGGCACUCUUAUCACAAACGACAGCCGCCGCCUUGGCCGCCGCACCGUCUUUGGAAUCGUCCAGCGCGAAUGUAUAUGAUGACAAACAGCAGUGUAUAACACUCACGGCUGAGCUGAGUGCAGUGCGACAGGCAUUUGAAACGACGCGUCUUCGCCUCGUAGAGUCACAGGAGCAUACGGAGCAUGUGACGGAGCUACUGCGUCACGCAGAAAAGCGACUGGAUCGUUUGAUGUGUGAGUCAGUUCGAGCCGUGGAAGAUCCCCAAGGAUAUGAGCGCAUGCGCGCGCAGAACGCAUCACAAUCGGCGUCCGCGACGAACGACGAUGCUGGCGCGCCCUUCAGCUCGAAGACGGACGGAUCGUCGUCUGCUACGCGUGACGCGCCGGCAUCGGAAGCGUUGACUGCAGAGAAGACCGCGCACGUGGCUGUGGGACGUGCUGGCACGUCUGACAUGGUGCGUGGACCCGCCUUCUCUUCGCCUGCGCAUGCCAUGCAAGAGGAGCUUGACAAUGUGCGUGAUCUCGCCCAUGCGCGGCAGCAAGCGCUCGAUGCUGUUCGUUCCGAGCUGCUCGAAGCGCAGCAAGCAUGUGCCUCGUGCCAGCUGCAGCUGCAGCAUGUGCCAGAUGAUCGUGUGCGGGCGCAUCCCAUAUACCAGGCGCUCCAUGCGGACGUUGCUUACAUGCAGCAAGAACUUGAUCACGUACGAGACGCAUUGGCUUCGUCAGAAUCUGAGAAUGCGAGCCUGCGCGAGUUCCGCGCGGACUUUGUGCACCAGACAACGACACAGGCCAAAACACACAACGAUGAACUGCAAAAGCAGUUGAAUGCGCGCGAUGCCGAUAUGGCUCGUUUGCGCACACAGCGUGAUGAGCUGAAUGCCGAGCUUCUGGAGCGGCGCUCGAGAGAAGGUGUGCGGUUUGCGCAGAUCGACGAGGCCAAGGCAUUCCUUGCGUCGAAGGAAGAGCGCAUGGCCGCUUUGCACGCACAGGUGGCGCGCCUGCAAGCCGAGCUUGAGGCUCUCCGAGCCGAUGCAGCAGGCAGCCAUGGCCAAGACGAUGGCCAUGAACACGGGCAAGCCAGCGACAGUGCAGAAGCGACGGCAUCUGGCCACUCGCAAGCGCCUGCCCAGCUUCAGAGGCAGCUGCAGGCUGCGCACACAUCCAGUGCGAUGCUGAGUGAUGAAGUCGAUCGGCUCAGUGCCGCGUACGAUGAGCUUGUCAAACAGGCGGAUGCGCGCGUGUCGAAUGCUGCGCGUUUGGAAGACAAGAUCCUACGUCUGACGACGGAGAAGGCCAAGGCGGACAACAAAUACUUUGCUGCGAUGCGUGCGCGAGAUGCAUUGGAUGCAGAAAAACGCGCACUUACGCGCAGUGCUGAGCGACAGGCCAAAGUGAUCGAGCGGUACACGGAGACGGAGCGAGCGAUGCAGGCUCAGAUCCAGCUGGCUGAGAAGGAAGUGAGUGCACUGCGGAAGAGCGUGCAAAUGCAGGCGAGUCGGCUGAAUGAGACUGAGCGCGAUGCGAGCACGUUGCGUCGACGAUUGGCCGAGGCGGAGCGAGCAAGGCAUGCCGCAGAGACGAGUGUGGCACAGCAUCUCGAACGAGCGACUCGUGAAGCAACUGGACGACAGGAAGCGAUGGAGCGAGCUAGCUUGUUGGACCGCGAGGCGGGGCGUCUACGGCGACGUGUUGCUGAGUCAACAGUCGCGCGGCGACAUGGAAAUGACCAGGACACCAACCUCGAGUAUCUGAAUUCUCUCUUGCGCUGCUCAGCUUGCAAAGAGCGGUAUCGGGAUCGGAUCAUUCUGCGUUGCAUGCACACAUUCUGCGAGGCGUGUGUCAAUGCGCGCAUCCAGACCCGGCAGCGCAAGUGUCCGCACUGUGGCUUGGCAUUUGCCACCAGCGAUGUCCAAGUACUCUACUGUACGUAUGAUGUGAGACUGACGAGGAAGUGCAAUGAGUUUGUGCAUUUGAUGGACUUCUGUGUAUGUGGUCUCUGUAACAGUGCGUCUGUUAGCGAUACGCAUCCCUAUUGGCCUUCACAAAUGGAGCAGUCCUACAGCAAAUCUAGGUGCUGUGGAUUGCCAUCAUAG